AAACAAAGUCAACGGAAGUGCAGAACUGACGGCCAUAACGAUCGCGUUUUUUCGCCUUCGAUAUUCUAAUAGUUAUUAGUUGUUUUCUUUCGUAUUGAAAGUAACAUUUUCAGAAAGAAAAAAUAUGGCCGGAACAUCAUCUACAAAUCCGGCCAUAAGGGCUCUUCAGUUAGAACUGAAAAAAAUACAUGAGGAGCCUGUUGAAGGGUUCCGUGUCAGUCUCCCAAAUGAGGAUAACCUUUUCGAGUGGCAAGUGGCGAUAUUCGGUCCUCCUGGCACAUUGUAUGAAGGAGGAUAUUUUAAGGUUGCCAUAAUGACUUUUCCCCAAGACUACCCAUAUAAUCCGCCAAAAGUUAAAUUCUUGACAAAAAUGUGGCAUCCUAACGUUUAUGAAAAUGGCGAUGUUUGUAUAUCUAUUUUACAUCCUCCCGUUGAUGAUCCACAAUCUGGAGAGUUGCCAUCUGAACGUUGGAAUCCAACUCAAAAUGUUCGAACUAUUCUGUUAAGUAUAAUUUCUCUAUUAAACGAACCAAAUACGUAUUCGCCUGCAAAUGUGGAUGCGUCAGUAAUGUUUCGUAAAUGGAGAGAUUCGGUGAAUGGGGAUAAGGACAAGGACUAUGAACGAAUUAUAAAGAAGCAAGUUAAUCAGACAAAAGAAGAGGCGAAAAAGGACGGGGUUAUCGUUCCGACCACACUGGAAGACUACUGCAUUUCGGCAGCUCACUUACGAAGACCGAGUGAUGAUGUACAAUUUGAUUUGGAUGAAGAUUUUAUUGAUGACGUUGGAGACGAAGAGGAUGCGAUCGAAACGAUCGAUAGUAACGAUGACUCUGGACAAGCGGAAUCGUGA